GUUGAUAACAACGGACGGACGAACAUUUACUCCAAACAUCGCACAGCCACCCUUGAGAGACUACACGUGAACGGACGAACCACGCGUCCUGAAAUGCACACCAGUUGUACAUACUGAACUAUACUGUGUUGUGCCGUGUUGUACCCCUCAAAAGACAUGUUGCUCGGCCCGCAUCCGGACACGGAAACGGACCUAAGCGCAUGGCAACCGUCCCGCCAACAUUCAUGAACACAAACAGAAACACGCACAUGGACCGCCACGAUGACGACUUCGACUUCGACGAUGAUGGUUUCGACGACCUCCCCGACGAUGCCCUGCAAGAGCUGGAGUUCACAGCCAUUCGCGCCACCCAGGCUCAACCCGCUCCGUUCAACGCGCCUGUCGAGUCCAACUACGGCGAGGAGGAUGAGGACGAGUUGAUUGACCUCAGAGAUCAAAAUGGAAUCCCUCGACAACAGUCAUGGGCCAAUGCCCCUUCUCAACCGUCGCGUGCACGCUUCGAUCACGUCUACGCUCACAACGAUUAUGCGCAGGACAAUCCAUCGCAGAACGAUUCCAUGGACAUUGACGAGCAACAGCCCCGGCGCUCCCAGGUCGACCCACAACAAUUGCUCCUCCGUGUCAAGAAGUUGGAGCAAGAGAAAGCUCGUCUGAACCGAGACCUACAAAGCGAGAAGUCCAAUGCGCAAAAGACCGCCGGCGAGGCUGCGACUCUACGACGGAGACUGAACACUGUCGCCCGCGAACACGACCAGUCCGUACGCGAGCUGCGCCAAAGCAACGACGAUGCGCUCAAGAAACACCGGGAUGAGAUACAAAGGCUCAAGCAGCAGAACGAGCAGGUGCAGACAAACGUUAUGUUUGCGGAGCACGACAAGAUGGCAGACAAGGCCACGAGAGUCCAAAAGAGUCAUGUAUCGAUCAGGCCGAAACAGCAUCCGGUGAUGAGCCCAUCGAAUACCCCAAAAAGACGCCAGAAGAGUAUCUCCGCCCAGGGCGGCUUCGGGGACGGGUUUGGAGACGAGGAUAUGGCCCUGGCAUCCCCCAGCAAGACUCGCGCAAAGUCCAAACCAGCUACACCAAGGCAAGCAAAUAAGCGGAAAAGGAAUGUAACCGAUCAAAGUCCUAUUCCUGCAUUGCAAUUGAGCGAACCGCGACAAAGAGCCAACGCGGCCUCUCCGUUCGAGCCCAAUGAGAAGGGGGAAGCAAUAUUGAGGACCAAUCUGCAGCGAGAAGAUCAUCGAUUCCAGCUUCUCCAACGACUAGUGAAUAAUCGAUCGUCAAACGGCAAAGAUCGAGUUCUUGAAGCUAUGACAAAGUAUGCUUUCCCGUCCGAGCCUGGCAAGCAGCUGUCUUCGAUCGUGUACGAUGACUUGUUGGCCUGCAGUCUAGAACAUGACGUCCGGACGCUCGCCAUCAAAAUAUGCCAUAUAUUUCUGUCUCUAUGGGAAAGGAGCUUGGACGAGGCAUACUAUGAGCCCAUCUUCUUGUACCUGGAUGCGCUACAUUUCAUCUUGGCAUGCGAGCCAUCUUCGACCGCGGUCGCCAUAUGCGAUACGGUUGUUCCUCUCAUCAUGAAGUCUGUAGACUUAGUCUCUAUCCCCAUUGCUGAUGCGGGUCUUUAUGGAAGCGUGGAUGAGCUCUUCUCGCCGGCGCAGCGCAAGAUAACUGCCUCAAUCGAUGCACUCGACUGUCUUGACCUCCUCUACGCAAUCGUCUCCGCCUGCGUUUCUUCCCCGGAAGCAAUUACCCACGUCUGGCAACUCAUAUCCUUCGACUUCAUCCUCGUCAUCGUGAGAAGCCGCCAGCCCCUCCCAACCGUUCAGACCAUGCUUCGUAUUCUCAGCACCUCCGCCCUCCCAACCUCCCUCGGCGCCAUCCACCCACCAGCAACAUCCCCAUCCCACGAACAGAUCAUCUCCGAACGACAAGAGCGCCGGGAGAACGAGCUUCUCGAGCGCCUAACCUCCAUGCUCGACGCCUCACUCUCCACCAUCCCCGACCCAACCACAUCCCCAUCCCAAUCUCCAACCUCAACCCACACCUACACCCCCUCGCAGACCCUCACAUUCCGCCUCCAAGUCAUCAACCUCCUCACCCACUUCUCGAUCCUCCCCCACGGCACUCACCGCCUCCUCACCAACCCGCUCCUUCUCCCCCGCCUCAUCACCUUCCUCCACGCCCAACUCUCGACCCUCUACUCCGCCCCUACCUCCCCCACCCACGCCCUCACGACGAAAACCCUUAACACAACCUUCACCCUAAUCUACAACCUCAUAACCUCGCACCCCCACACCGCCGCCGCCAAUAAACCCCCCUCCUCCUCCCCACACGACUACUCAACCUUCAUAAACGAGCGGCUCGCGCUCGUGCCCGGCGGGCACCACAAAUUCCUCGUCACGCUGACGCGCAUCGCGUUCAGCGAGGGCCUCGUCAUCGAGCAGGGCAUCGACGACGCGGUCGUCAAGGGCGCGGAGGACCUGCUCGACGGGUGGCUGACGGGGCCAGAGGGCGAGCAGCUGCUCGAGGUGUUUGAGCCUGGCGGGACUGGGGACAGCGGGUCUCUGUCGGUGAGACAUUGAUAUGCGAUUGUGGUUGUAGUAGUAGUGGUCAGAGUAGAUGAAUCGUAUAUGUGAAUAGCAAUCCUGCUGACUUCCUCCUCCUCUUCGUUCCUCCGCUCCAUAUCAAUCCCUUCCC